UGGCCCGCGAGGGCCAGAGGAGCGCCUCAAGGUUCCUCAGUAGCCAAUAGGGAAGAGGAACGGCCAAGCGCUUCCUGAGUUCGGGGGUCGGCCGAAGAUGGCGGCCUCCAAAGGGGGUUGGUGCUUGUGCGAGUUGUUGAGGUUGUUUUAUUCAUUAUUCUUCCCUGGGCUAAUUGUAUGUGGAGCUUUAUGUAUAUGUUUGGUUAUUGUCCUUUGGGGACUCAGAUUACUGCUACAGAGAAAGAAAAAGUCAGUGUCAGCCAGCAAAAAUGGGAAAAAUCCAACAGUGAUUGCAUUUUUUCAUCCAUACUGCAAUGCUGGUGGAGGAGGGGAAAGAGUUCUAUGGUGUGCCUUGAGAACCCUGCAGAAAAAGUAUCCUAAAGCAGUAUAUGUUGUUUAUACUGGUGAUGUUAAUGUCAGUGGUCAACAGAUACUAGAAGGUGCUUUCAGAAGAUUUAACAUCAGGUUAACUUGCCCAGUGCAAUUUGUUUUCUUAAAGAAACGCUACCUUGUGGAAGAUUCACAGUAUCCUCACUUCACACUGCUUGGCCAAAGUCUAGGAUCCAUUUUUCUUGGCUGGGAAGCUCUGAUGCAGUGUGUUCCUGAUGUUUACAUUGAUUCAAUGGGCUAUGCCUUCACACUCCCUCUGUUUAAGUAUAUAGGGGGUUGCCGAGUUGGAAGCUAUGUUCAUUAUCCCACUAUCAGCACUGAUAUGCUCUCUGUAGUGAAGAAUCAAAAUGUUGGAUUUAAUAAUGCAACCUUCAUUACCAAGAAUCCUUUUCUCAGCAAAGUAAAGCUGAUCUACUACUAUUUGUUUGCUUUUAUUUAUGGACUUGUUGGUUCUUGCAGUGAUGUAGUCAUGGUCAAUUCUUCUUGGACACUAAACCAUAUUCUCUCACUGUGGAAGGUUGGGAAUUGCACUAAUAUUGUUUAUCCGCCUUGCGAUGUGCAGACAUUUCUGGAUAUUCCCUUACAUGAGAAAAAAAUGACCCCAGGACAUAUAUUCGUUUCCAUUGGCCAAUUCAGGCCUGAAAAAAACCAUCCUUUGCAAAUCAAAGCUUUUGCAAAAUUGCUGGAUAAGAAAGUAGCUGAGUCACCUUUUUCACUUAAACUUGUCCUCAUUGGAGGUUGUCGUAACAAAGAUGAUGAACUUAGAGUAAACCAACUGAGAAGACUGUCUGAGGAUUUAGGAGUUCAAGAACAUGUGGAAUUUAAAAUAAACAUUCCAUUUGAUGAGUUAAAGAAUUAUUUGUCUGGAGCAACAAUUGGUCUGCAUACUAUGUGGAAUGAGCAUUUUGGAAUUGGAGUUGUGGAGUGUAUGGCAGCUGGCACAAUUAUACUCGCACACAAUUCAGGGGGCCCAAAGCUUGACAUUGUCGUCCCUCAUGAAGGAGAUAUAACUGGAUUUCUGGCUGAGAGUGAAGAAGGCUAUGCUGAAACCAUGGCUCAUAUUCUUUCCCUGUCUGCUGAAAGGAGACUCCAAAUCAGAAAAAAUGCUCGUGAAUCCAUAAGGAGAUUUUCUGAUCAGGAGUUUGAAGUGACAUUCCUAUCAUCUGUGGAGAAGCUAUUUAAAUAGUGCCACGUCUGUAUAAAUUAAAGAUAUUUUAUAUAAAAUGGUUGGACUAGGGAUGUAGCUCAGUGAUAGAGCAUAGUAUAUACAAGACUCUAGUUUCAGUCUCUAGCACCAAAAAAAAACAUAAAUACCUUCAUAAGUAAAUAUUUUUCUAAACUCACUCCCUGUUGUAAUAAAGUCAGCCUGAGCAGUGUUCUCAGCAAUGUAUAUAUAGACACAGUAUUUAUUUCAAUGAAAAAGACAAAAUUACCGAAAUGGAAAGGUAAUCUUAUAUAGCUUUUUAUAAAAAUUUGAGAUUAGUAUUUGGUUGCAAAUACUGAAAAAUACAGAUCUAAAAGAAAAGAGUUAAAUAAUAUUUAAUUCAGAUGUAAUCUAUAUCUUUUAAAUUCAAUUUUUCAAGUUAGCAAACAGGAAAGAAAAACAUUUAAUGCUGGGAAUUAAACAUAGGGCAAGUGGUCUACCAAGGUACAUUCCCACAUCCCCAAAAUUCUGGUACAUUUAAAUUCUAAGCAAAUCAUGCAUGACCCUUUUAAAUGCAUCUAGUGAUUUUCAUAAAAGAAAAAAUAGGUGCGCAUGGUGGUACAUACAUGUAAUCCAAGUGACUUGGGAGGCUAAAGCAGGAGAAUCCUAAGUUUAAGGCCAGCCUCAACAACUUAGCAAGCCCCAGGCAACUUAGACCCUGUCUCCAAAAAAAGGGGGCUGGGGAUGUGGCUCAGUAGUUAAGCAUCCCUGGGUCCAAUCCCUAGUAUCAAAAGAAACUUGAAGCAGGCUUAUCUAAUCAUGUUCCCAAAGUAUGUAAAGUCAAGAGAUUCCGGUGUAUGUGGAAGCAUGUGGGGAUCAAGUUACUACUACCAGUAUUUUCCAUAACUAGGUUUUUGUGAAAGGUGCUUUUUGUUUAGUGCUGUGAUAGCAUAUAUCUCUGGGUGUCUCCUCAUCUCAGCAGCUCCACAUCUUAAGCUAAAAGUCAGCCCUGAUUCAUUCAAGAGAAUAUAAAGAUAAGUUGUUUGUCUAGUCAUGAUGGUGUAAUGCACAGAGCUGUUGACAGAGUGUCUAUGAUCAGCAUCAUGCAUUGAAAGUGGCAUUUUGAAAACAGGACUGGAGUAGCAGUUGUCAUAUCUGGGCCAGCUUCAUCAUGAUGAAAUGUAAAUUCAUCAUCAUUUACAGUGUAUGGCCUCCUCCUACUAAAGCUGCACCUUAAUCUUUCUGAGUCUCAGAUUUUUAAUCUAUAAUCUGGGUUUGUUAAUACCUGUCCUCACUACCUUUUAGAUUACCUUUUAGAGGUAGUGCCACUGAGAGGGAAUGAAACUUCUUUGAAAAUUAUAAAAGUUAUUUUAAAGGCAAGAACCUAUAGUAAAUAUAUUUUAUAAUCUUGUCUUUUACUAGUGCAUUAUAAUUGUAUAUAGAUCCUUGGUUUCUACGCUGGUAGCUAGGAAUUAAUAUAAAUUUAAUUUGACUUCUGUCCUGAAUAACUAGCAUGGAAAAGCAAAUAAGUGUGCAACUAUAGCUAUAAAGACCUACAACUAUUGGCAUUUUCUGCAUAUGUAAUUCCUUCUAGUUCACUGAGUUGACCUUCCCUUUACAGUCUUUUUACACUUAUGUUCGAAUCAUUUGAAAGAGGUAUAUUAUUCCUUUGCAGUCUCAACUAUUCAUCUAUCCACUUAUUUUUUACUGGGGUUAUGUUGAUUCAUCUGCAGCCCAUCUUUGUUGUAGAUUAAAAAGCAAUAAAACUGUCCUAGAUGCCACGCACCAACAGAACUUUUGUGGUGAAGGUGAUUUAGUUUACAAAGAAUGGAAAUUGUAGUUGGGAAAUUCCGCAAAUUCUUCAGUCCAGCUUUCUCCUAUUUUCAACUUCAUAGACAAGAACAAUUUAAAUCUAAAAAACCUAAUAGACUUCUUCAGUGUCACAAAGCUGUUUAAUGACAGCAUCAGUAAUAUCCUGGUGUUCCGACUUUCAACCCAAUGCUUACCUUAUAAUUAGUCUUUGAGGUAAGAUUUUUGCUAUUCCUCAGCCUAUCCAUCAAAAUUAUGGGACUAAAGAUAAAUUGAAAUAAACAGAGCAUAAGUAGAGGUUGGAGUGAAGGAAAAGAAGAUUCUGGAAUUCCUUAAACAUUUUUAACCUUCAAAAUGACUUUUAUGUAUCAUAAACAUAAAAAAAUAAUUAUUUGCAUAUAUGUUCAUUUUAAGUUUUUCUAAUGUGAUAUAGUAUAUGUUGGGUUUUUUGUUGUUGUUUGUUUUCUGAGUGACUUACUAUGAAGUAUCCAAAUGGUAUGUCUGUCUGGGGAACUUCUGGGUGAUAUUAAUUCUUCUAAGACUUUCCUUCUGAGUGGCCCAAACAUGCUGUUUUAAAUCCACAGCAGUGGGGAUUUACAUUCCUAUUUCCAGCUGUGCAUUAUAGAGUAUAUGUUUCAUAGUCUUUGUACUUAAUUAUGAUUUAGAUUAAUAGAUGCAAAAUGUAUUUAUAUCUAAAUAUAACUUAAAGCAGUGAUUUUUCACUCUCUUAGGUAUUUUUCCCAAUACAGUGCCUUUUAUAUCUUUCAUGUAGUCUCCCAAUUUAAUUAGUAUUGUUCCACACUCCAAGAAAUUCCUUUUUUUUUUUUUUUUUUUGUACUGGGAAUUGAACCCAGCACUUUACCACCACUGAGCUACAUCCCUAGCCCUGUUACUAAGUUGCUGAGAGUCUUGCUAAGUUGCUGUGCCUGGCCUUGAACUUGCAGUCCUCCAGCCUCAGCCUUCUGAGCUGCUGGAACUACAGGCGUGCACCACUGCGCCUGGCUAGACUUUGUUUUUAAUAAAUAUUUCAGACAUACCAAAAAACUGCAGAGCUUCAUACACUUGAGGGGUUUUUUGUUUGGUUAGUUUGGUUUUGGUGCUGGGGAUUUAACCCAAGCCCUGGUGUAUGCUAAGCACACACUUUACCACUGAGCUAUACACCUAGCCCUCAUAUACUUUAAUAAUUUCCAGGGUAUUUUACAGGGCAAUCUUACAGACAAAAUUAUGAGAUAAAGUCCAGUAUGUUUAUCAUUGCUUUCAUAAUAUUUAUGUUUAAUUAUGUAAAUGUACCCUAAACUCCAAGACUGAAAUAGUGUGUCUGUGCCAUGUCAAUGAGCAUGAAAGGAAAGUUACUUCUGUUGCAUAACUACAAGCUAUACAGGUGUCUAGAAGCUAAUUGGUCUCUGUAAUUUACCCCUCCUCUCCAUUGCUCCUCUGCUAACUCUCUUUUCCCAUCUUAGAAAAAUGGAUUAGCAUCAGUUCCAAUAUCUUGGUGAUCUGUGCUCACAUGGACUACAUGUGAAAAGUUACAAGGCACUUAGAAGAGAGGUCGCAGGACCUAGAGACAUGACUGGAUAAAGAAAAUGUGGUAUAUAUACACACAAUGGAGUAUUACUCAGCGGUAAAGAAGAAUGAAAUUAUGGCAUCUUCAUGUAAAUGGAUGAAAUUGGAGACUGUCAUGUUCAGUGAAAUAAGCCAGUCCCAAAAAAACCAAAGGCCAGAUGUUCUCUCUUUUGUGUGGAUGCUAAGGCAUUGGGUAGGGGUAUAGAAGUUUAUUGGAUUAGACAUUAGAAUGAAGGGAUGGGAAUAAGAAAAACAGUAGAAUGAAUUGGACUUAACUUUUCCUGUAUUCAUUUUUGAGUAUAUGACCAGUGAAACUCUACAUCACAUACAACCACAAGAAUGGGAAGUUAUACUCCAUGUAUGUAUAUACGUAAAAAUACACUCUGCUGUCAUACAUAAAAAGAACAAAUUUUCUAAAAAAGAGAAGGGAAGUUGCAGGGUUUAUGUACUUGUUGGCACCAUUUAAAGGAUAAUUGAUUUGGUGACUAUCAUACAUAGCUAACAAAAGCUGAUUUUCCUAAUAAAAUGUAUUCUAAAACAAGCAGAUACAGGUCUGAUCAAACAGUUUCUAUUCAGUAGCUGGAGCCAAGCCUAAAAUCAAGAGCAAAGUCCAUCACAAUGUAGGGAAUGUGUUUAAAUGGUAAGGUGAAUUAGGGGCUGAAACAGGUUGAAAACCCUUGCCGAUACGAUAAUAUGUAUUUACCCCAAUGAAUACUUGCAGUGUGUGUAUAUAUAUACACACUGAUAUGCUUAUUCUUAAACUUUUUUCUUUCUUCUGCCUUUCAUUGACUUGGUCUUUGGAUUUUUAGGAAUCAUUUUGCUUCUGAUGCUUUCACAUUCCAUUCAAAAUUGGGGUUACAUGCAGACUCUCGCAGAUUUACUAUAUCUGAACUAGACAUGUCUUGAAAGUAAAUAAACAUGUAUGGUAACCACUAGCAGAGCUGUAGAAUUAAUGAUGCUCCAAUCUCUCAGGACCACUUGUUACGCAGUUUGAAAUAAACAUAAUGUUGAGAACUUUUUAA